CGGCACCCCGUCUCUUCCCAUGACCAACGCGGCUUCAGGCGGAAGCAGCAGGAGUCCCGGUCAGCUACAGCGGCUCAACAUCUUCCGUCAGGGGGCCCUUCGACGGAACCUGGACCUGCUCUUUCUCGACACGGGUCCCCUCACGGCCAAGAAGAUCGAAGAUGCCAUGAUCAAGUCCAACAUGAUAGCCCACGUGAGCCAGUUCGUGGCGGGCCUGAAGAGCCGCAGCGAGGACGUGCGGCUCAAGACGGCCAAGGAGCUGCACCACUACGUGACCACGGAGCUGCGGGAGAUGAGCACGGAGGACGUAUCGUCCUUCAUGGAGGAGUUCCACCACCACAUCUUCAAGAUGGUCUCGAGCGCCGACCCCAACGAGAAGAAGGGCGGCAUCCUGGCCAUCGUGAACCUCCUCGAGGUGGACUCCGGCAACACAGGUGCCCGCAUCAGCCGCUUCGCCAAUUACCUGCGUAACAUUCUGCCAUCGAACGACACGACUGUCACCGAGCUGGCUGCGUACGCUAUCGGGCGCCUCACCACCGUCGGCAGCACGUUCACCGCCGAAUACGCCGACUUCGUCAAGGACCGCGCCAUCGAAUGGCUCAACGAGGAGCGCCACGAAGCCAAGCGCCACGCCGCCGUGCUAAUCCUCCAGGAGCUGGCCAUGUCCACGCCGACCGUCUUCUUCCAGAACGUGCCGCCCGUCUUCGACUGCAUCUUCAACGCAGUGCGCGACCCCAAGCCCAUGAUCCGGGAGGGCGCCGUGCUGGCGCUCCGGGCCGCCCUGGUGGUCACGGCCCAGCGAGAGACCAAGGACACGCAGAACCCGCCCUGGUACCUGAAGUGCUACGAAGAGGCCGAGGCUGGCUUCGAGGAGGCCGCGGUCGCCCAGAAGGGGGUCGGUCGUGAGGACCGCAUCCACGGCUCGCUGCUCGUCAUCAACGAGCUGCUGCGGUGCAGCAACGUGGAGGGCGAGAAGGUCCGCCAGGAGCUGGAGGAGGUGACCUCUCAGCAGGCACGGCACGAGGCCCACCGUCUGCAGGGGGGCGCAGGGCCGGGUAGCUCGCUCACCCGCUCGCUCAGGUCGCUGCAGCAGAUGCAGCAGCAGCGGCCCCGGGGAGGCACCCGGACCGCCCUGCUGCGCUACCAUCGGGCACAGGGGCUUUUCAUGGCAGGCCACACCCAGAGGCACCAGCGCCACCGGCUGCGUCUGCACCACAGCCACCAUCUGGUCCCUACCCAUGAGAGCAACACGUGCAAGCGUCUGCUCGAGGAGAAGUUUGAUCAGAUCUGCGAGAGAGUUCUGAAGCAGUGGUCGCUGCGCAACCCGCACAUCCAGCAGGUGCUGCAUACUGUGAUUCCUAGACUCGCUGCUUUCCAGACCAAGAGAUUUGUGAAAAGGCACUUGCCGGAGACGAUGGACUACCUGCUGGCCUGCCUGCGGAGGGAGCGUGAGCGCAGCCAGGCCUUCCUUUCCAUCGGCCUGCUGGCAGUGGCUGUGGGGGAGCCCAUGAUCCCCUACCUGCCCAGGGUGAUGGAGGUCAUCCGGGCCUCCCUGCCCAGCAACAGCACCCCCUCUAAGAAGAAGGGCCCCGUGCUUGACCCGGCAGUGUUCACGUGCAUCAGCCUCCUGGUCAGAGCCCACAAAGAGCUGAUCACAAACGACGUCAAGGACUUGGUGGACCCUAUGCUCAACACCGGCUUCAGCCCGGCCCUGACGGCCGCCCUGCAGGAGGUGUCGGUGCGCAUCCCGUCGCUCAAGCGUGACAUCCAGGACGGCCUGCUGAAGAUGCUCUCAUGCAUCCUGAUGCAGCGGCCGCUCAAGCACCCAGGCAUCCCCAAGCACAUGCAGGUUGCCCAGCAGACGCCAGAGACAACUGAUGUCGCAACAAUAUCACUGGCCCUGAAGACCUUGGGGAGUUUCGAUUUCCAAGGCCGGACGCUGACCAACUUCGUGAGGCACUGCGCCGACACGUACCUUACGAGCGAGCACAAGGAGAUCCGGCUGGAGGCCGUGCGAACCUGCUGCUGCCUGCUAUCCCCCGCACUGCAGAACAUGAAGGCAUCCGGGAAGUACAGCCCAUCCCUCAUGGACAACGUCCAGAAGGUUUUGGGAAAGCUCCUCCUCGCCGGAGUAACUGACACCGACUCGGACGUGCGGUACUGCGUCCUGGCCUCCCUGGACGAGAAGUUUGACGGGCACCUGGCACAGGCGGAGAACCUCAGUGCCCUCUUCAUCUCGCUCAACGACGAGGUGUUCGAGAUCCGCGAGCUGACGCUGUGCAUCAUCGGGCGACUCAGCAGCCUCAACCCGGCCUACAUCAUGCCACCGCUCAGGAAAGUUCUAAUUCAGAAUCUGACGGAACUGGAGCACUCUGGAGUGGUUCGGAACAAGGAGCAGGCGGCAAAGAUGCUCGGCCACCUCCUCUCCAACGCCCCGGGCCUCAUACGGCCCUACAUGGAGCCCAUCUUGUCUGUGCUCAUUCCAAAGCUGAAGGCUCCGGACCCGAACCCCGGAGUUGUCAUCUGUGUGCUGGCUGCAGUUGGAGAACAAGCACAGGUGAGUGGCACAGAGAUGCGGAAGUGGAUGAACGAGCUGCUGCCCAUCAUCCUGGAUAUGCUCCAGGAUUCCUCGUCACUGCCAAAAAGAGAGAUCAGCCUCUGGACGCUGGGACAGCUCGUGGAGAGCACGGGCUACGUGGUUGAGCCGUACCACAAGUACCCCUCACUGCUGGACGUGCUGCUCAACUUCCUCAAAACCGAGCAGUCGAGCAGCAUUCGGAGAGAGGCCAUUCGGGUCCUUGGACUCCUGGGAGCCCUGGACCCAUUUAAGCACAAGCUGAACUUGGGAAUGAUCGACAGCUUCAGUGAUUCCGGAGCUGUCGUCAGCAUCAGCGUGGUUCCGCCGGAAAGCCAGGAGCUGGGUGCGAGCGAGAUGCUGGUGAGCAUGGGCGGCUCGCUGGAGGAGUUCUACCCGGCCAUGGUGGUGUCGACGCUGAUGCGCAUCAUGCGGGACCCGACCCUGGGCCAGCACCACACCAACGUGGUGCAGGCGGUGGUCUUCAUCUUCAAGAGCCUGGGCCUGCGCUGCGUGCCCUACGUGUCCCAGGUGCUGCCCUCCCUGCUCAACGUCGUGCGCACCGUCGACAACAGCUUCAGGGAGUUUCUCUUCCAGCAGCUGGCUCAGCUCAUUGCCAUCGUGAGGCAGCACAUCCGCAAUUACCUGGACGACAUCUUUGCUCUUAUAAAGGAGUUCUGGAUAGUGAACAGUCCGAUCCAGUCGACGAUCAUCAUGCUGGUGGAGCAGAUCGUCAUGUCGCUGGGGCCGGACUUCAAGAUGUACCUGCCCAAGUUGGUGCCCCACGCCCUCAAGGUGUUCAUGCACGACAUGAGCGCAGACCGUGCCGUCACCGCCAAGCUGCUGAUGGCGCUGCAGAAGUUUGGCUGCAACUUGGAUGACUACCUGCAUCUCAUCCUCCCUCCCAUCAUCAAGCUGUUUGACUCUGCCGACAUACCCAUGAACGUCAGGAUCACUGCCCUGGAGACCAUCGACGUCCUCUCGGAGUCUUUGGACUUCUCCGAAUUUGCGGCCCGCAUCAUCCACCCCCUCGUCCGAACCCUGGACACUACUCCGGAGCUGCGCUCGCAAGCCAUGAACACCUUGUGUGCAAUGGUGGUCCAGCUGGGCAAAAAGUACAAGAUCUUCGUUCCCCUGGUGUCCAAGGUGGUGGAGACGCACAAGAUCACCCACGACCGCUACAACGCCCUGGUCACCAGGAUUGUCAGGAGCACGGCACUGGUGGAAGACGACGGCGAGGCGUUCAGUCUGGAGAAGCGUCUCACCAGGGGCCGCCAGCAGUCAGAGGACCCUCCGAUGCCAAACGUGGACGUGACCAUGGUCAAGAAGCAGAAAGUCUGCUCGGCCAGCCUGGAAAGGCUGUGGACGCCGUGCAAGCGUGUCUCGAAGGACGACUGGCUGGAGUGGCUGCGGAGGCUGAGCAUUGAGCUGCUCAAGGCGUCCCCGUCCCCGGCACUGCGCUCCUGUUGGUCCCUGGCACACAGCUACAACCAGCUCCCCAAGGACCUGUUCAAUGCAGCCUUCCUGUCCUGUUGGGUGUACCUGGCGGACAAUGACCAGAAGGAGAUAAUUGAGAACUUCCAGAAGGCGCUCGUGGACCAGGACAUUCCCGAAAUCACCCAGACGCUCCUCAACCUCGCCGAGUUCAUGGAGCACUGCGAGAAGGGGCCCCUGCCUCUGAAUCAGAAGCUCCUAGGUGAACGAGCCAUGAAGUGCAGGGCCUAUGCUAAGGCCCUCCACUACAAGGAGGACGAGUUCCACAACGGUCCGACCACAGAAGUGCUCGAAGCUCUCAUCAGCAUCAACAACAAGCUUCAGCAGCCCGAGGCGGCCGCAGGAGUUCUGGACUAUGCCACCAAGUGCCACGCAACUGACCUGAAAGUGAAAGAGCGCUGGUACGAGAAGCUGCACGACUGGGACAACGCCCUGCGGGCGUACGGGCAGGCACGGGAGCAGAGGCCGGGCGACGUCGAGCUCAUCCUCGGCCAGAUGCGGUGCCUCGAGGUGCUCGGAGAAUGGGAAUCACUAUACGAACUGGCGAGUGACAACUGGAGUGAGAAUUCGGACGUCAACCAGCAGAAGAUGGCGAGAAUGGCUUCAGCAGCUGCUUGGGGCCUCGAGAAGUGGGAGACGAUGGAGGAGUAUGUCACGGUAAUCCCUCGGGAGACGACGGACAGUGCUUUCCACCAGGCUGUGCUUGCGGUGCAUAAAGAGAACUUCCAAGUGGCACAGCAGUUCAUUGACAAGGCUAGAGAUCUGAUCGACACAGACCUCACUGCCAUGGUGGGGGAGAGUUAUAGCCGUGCCUAUGGUGCCAUGGUGCAAGUCCAGAUGCUGGCCGAACUGGAGGAAGUGAUUCAGUACAAGCUUGUUCCCGAACGCAGGGAAGCAAUCAAGCAGAAGUGGUGGGACAGACUCCAGGGCUGCCAGAGGAUAGUGGAGGACUGGCAGAGGAUCCUGCAGCUCCACUCUCUUGUGGUGAAGCCCAAGGAGGACAUGCGUACCUGGCUCAAGUUCAGCAGCCUCUGCAGACGCUCUGGACGCCUGGCUCAGUCCCAUAGGACGCUGGUGACACUGCUGGGAUCGGACCCGUCGUCGAACCCCAACCAGCCCCUGCCCACGACGUACCCUGCAGUCACGUUUGCCUACAUAAAACACAUGUGGAAAAGCAACCAGAAGGAGAAUGCACUGAGACAGCUGCACCACUUUGUGCAAACGACGUUUCCCGCUACUGCCAACCUGAACCACGUGAGCGUCCCCAUUCCGGACGAGAGCCCGCAAAGGACAGAGCACCAAAAGCUGCUGGCGAGGUGCUACCUGAAGCUGGGCCAGUGGGAGGAGUGUGUGCAAGGCAUCAACGAAAACUCCAUUCCCAUGAUCCUUCAUUACUACCACUUGGCUACUGAGCACGACAACAACUGGUACAAGGCGUGGCACGCGUGGGCCUACAUGAACUUCGAGGCCGUGCUGUUCUUCAAGCACCAGGCCCAGCAGUGUGGCAAUGCCAGCGGGCCACUGCAGGCGCAGCAGGGGCAGCAGCAUGGGAGCGGGGAGAUGGCCAGCUACAUGGGGGAGUCGCAGCGCACGGGCCUGACGGCGCAGCACAUCAAGGAGUACACGGUGCCCGCCGUACAGGGUUUCUUUCGCUCCAUUGCUCUAUCUCACGGCAGCACUCUUCAAGACACACUGAGGCUGCUGACCCUGUGGUUUGACUACGGCCACUGGCCGGAGGUGAACGGGGCCCUGGCGGAGCGGGUGAACCGGGCCCCCAUGGAGACCUGGCUGCAGGUGAUCCCCCAGCUCAUUGCACGACUGGACACCCCCCGCGCCCUGGUGGCCAGCCUCGUCCACGAGCUGCUCGGGGAGGUUGGCCGCAAGCACCCCCAGGCCCUCAUCUACCCCCUCACGGUUGCGUCCAAGUCGGCUCUGCCGGCUCGCACCCGAGCAGCCCUGCGAGCGCUUGGCGUCAUGCGGGAGCACAGCGCCAGGCUCGUCAACCAGGCCGUCACGGUGAGCGAGGAACUGAUCCGGGUGGCCAUCCUGUGGCACGAGCUGUGGCACGAGGGCCUGGAGGAGGCCUCCCGGCUCUACUUUGGGGAGCGCAACGUCAAGGGCAUGUUCGCCACCCUGGAGCCCCUGCACGCCAUGAUGGAGAGGGGACCCCAGACCCUCAGGGAGACCUCCUUCAACCAGGCCUAUGGCAGAGAUCUGGCCGAAGCACUCGAGUGGUGCAAGAAGUAUCAGCGCUCCCUCAACGUCAAGGACCUGACUCAAGCUUGGGACCUGUACUACCACGUCUUCCGGCGGAUUUCUAAACAGCUUCCACAGCUGACGUCUCUGGAGCUGCAGUAUGUCUCUCCGAAACUGCUCAAGUGCCAGGACUUUGAACUUGCGGUGCCGGGAAGCUACAACCCGAACCAACCGGUCAUCCGCAUCGCGCGCAUCGAGAGCUCCCUGCAGGUCAUCACGAGCAAGCAGAGGCCACGCAAGCUCUGCAUCAAAGGCAGCAACGGAAAGGACUACAUGUUCCUGCUGAAAGGGCACGAGGACCUGAGGCAGGACGAGCGGGUCAUGCAGCUCUUCGGUCUGGUGAACACGCUGCUGGUGAACGAUCCCGAGACGUCGAGGAGGAAUCUGACGAUCCAGCGGUAUUCGGUGAUCCCCCUGUCGACCAACAGCGGCCUCAUCGGGUGGGUGCCCCACUGCGACACUCUCCACACGCUCAUCCGCGACUACCGGGACAAGAAGAAGAUCCUGCUCAACAUCGAGCACAGGAUCAUGCUCCGGAUGGCUCCCGACUACGAUCACCUGACCCUGAUGCAGAAGGUGGAGGUGUUUGAGCAUGCGCUCGAGCACACCAAUGGGGACGACCUGGCAAAGCUGCUCUGGCUCAAAAGCCCCAGCUCGGAGGUCUGGUUUGAUCGGCGAACUAACUACACCAGAUCCCUCGCUGUGAUGUCCAUGGUCGGCUACGUCCUUGGACUAGGGGACAGGCACCCCUCAAACCUGAUGCUGGACCGGCUGAGCGGCAAGAUCCUGCACAUUGACUUCGGCGACUGCUUCGAAGUCGCCAUGACUAGGGAAAAGUUUCCGGAAAAGAUUCCGUUCCGACUCACCCGCAUGCUCAUCAACGCUAUGGAGGUGACAGGCAUUGAGGGCACGUACCGGAUGACCUGCGAGAAGGUGAUGAAGGUGCUACGAGGCAACAAGGAUAGCCUCAUGGCCGUCUUGGAGGCCUUUGUCUACGACCCCCUUCUCAAUUGGAGGCUCAUGGAUGCUCAACCCAAGGUGAAGCAUUCAAAGACAAGAAGUGGGUCUGCUCCCUGUAGUCAAGACCAAGGAGACAUUUUGGAGACUGUGGACAUUGGCUCGCAGCCAACCGCCAAGAAGGCAGUGGACACAUCCGGAGUUGGAGAUGGAGAGGCGGCCCAGCCCGAAGCGCUGAACAAGAAGGCUCUUGCCAUCAUCAACAGGGUCCGUGACAAGCUCACGGGGCGGGACUUUGCGCCCGACGAGACCUUGGACGUUCCGGAGCAGGUGGAGCUCCUGAUCAAGCAGGCCACGUCGCACGAGAAUCUAUGCCAGUGCUACAUAGGAUGGUGCCCAUUUUGGUGAGAGCUGCCGAAGGGGCCGCUGUCCUACAAGUGUUCCUGGAGUGCUGAAGAAGCUCGAGUUUGCACCAGA